AUGACAUUUCUUUCGGUUGACAAGUCGUAGGGGCCGGCCCUUGGGAGAAAUUAUUUAGAAUGAAUCAAGGAGGCGGCCUCGCUUGUUGCGCCGUUUGCAACGAGAAAACUCAUCGGAGGUGCGCUCGAUGCCUGAACGUUUAUUAUUGUAAUACGGAUCACCAACGUCAAGACUGGAAAAGACACAAAAGUGAGUGUGCUUCAAAGUUACCGAAACAGGGUUCAAAAAGCGAUAAUUCAAGUGAACGCAAAAUUGUUGAUGAAGAAUCUAAGAAGAAAGUGAAAGACGGAACUUCCAACGUCAUAGAAGAUAGGCAGAAGGAUAUUUCAAAAGAGGGUAGUAGCGUAAGACAUUUGAAUAAAUCUAAAUCAAAAAACGUUAAAAAUAGUGUUAAAGAGGGUACGUCGGACAGUGUUAGUAAAUACAAUUCGCACAUAUCAACUGAAAACGUUAAACAAAGUGAGGAAGGCAAAGCGAAAGCAUCGGGACACAAUGACAAUAGUGUAAUUUCUAGUGUAGUGUAUACAAACCGCGAUUUAACGAGCAGUAGUGCCAUAACAUACGAGGGCUCGUCCGAGCAGGAGGUGUUGCGCGAGUCAGCGCAACAGCUCAGCACGGUGGACUUCGCCACGCCGAGUACCUCUAAUGUGUUACGUGCUGUGAACAGGACAGACACUGCGAAGAUGCCAGUGCUGCCAAGCUACGGGCCUGAACAGGGUACCCGCGUCAAGGAGUACCCUGAGGCCUCACUCAAAGGCAGCGGGGCACCCUUUAAUCAUAUGCCUAAUAGUUACUAUAUGGACCCGAGUGACUCUUGCUAUGAGAUAUGUCAUCGAGUAAUCAGGGACAUGACACAGUAUGGUGUGUGUGUGCUCAACAAUUUCCUGGGCAAGGAGAGAGGACUGAUGGUGUUAAAUGAAGUGUUAGAUAUGUACCGAUCGGGAAUAUUCACAGCAGGUCAGCUAGUGUCCAACCCUGCAAGUACAGAAGCGCAGACCAUCCGAAGUGACCUUAUCACGUGGAUUGAUGGCAAGGAAGCCAACUGCCACUACAUCAGACAAUUAAUUAGUCAAGUCGACAAUAUCAUACUGAGGGCAAACAAGAUGGCCAACAAUGGGAGAAUGGGGGACUACGUCAUCAACGGCAGAACGAAGGCGAUGGUGGCGUGCUACCCCGGUUCCGGCAGUCACUACGUCAAGCACGUUGACAACCCCAACAAAGAUGGCCGCUGCAUCACCGCCAUCUAUUAUCUGAAUCUCGAUUGGGACGUCAAACGAUACGGGGGACUACUCAGAGUAUUCCCCGAGGGCACGAACCAGGUGGCGGACAUAGCGCCCAUCUUCGACAGGAUGCUGUUCUUCUGGUCCGACAGACGGAACCCUCACGAGGUCCAGCCCGCCUAUAGUACCAGAUAUGCUAUCACGCUGUGGUAUUUCGACACGCACGAAAGAGAGGAGGCCCUCAGAAAUUACAAAGAACGCGGCCAGCCGUCAUCUAGCAAGUGAUGAUGGGUCCCGUGGGGGUCGGCCCCCCCGCUGCCCGCGGCCCUCCCCCGGCCUGCCUGGGUACCAAGUACCGGUGACUGCAGAUCGUAACUGCUAUAUUAUAGUUAUUGUAUACAAUGUCUUUUGGAAAACCUCGAGUAUAUUUUGGAAAUCGCUUCGAUGUGAAUAACUUUAUCAGUAAAUUCCGAAAAGAAAUUAGAGUUGUUUUUCCGUAUUUUGGUCUGCUGUUGAUAAUUAAAGGUAUAUCCACCUCAUUUUGUUAUUUGUUUCAUAGAGAAAAUUGAUCAUUUUCAAGCAAAGAAGUGUCACUCGAGAUAUAAUCGGGUUUUUUUAAAACGUGUUGUAUAUAAUAAUGUUUGUGCUAAUUUGUCACGUCAAUUGAUACUACUACUGUUGGAAAUGCCUCAGAUUUGUACCAAAACAACUGUAAUAAUAUUUAAAGUUUUAUUUCAUUCAGAUGUCGGUCAUUGUGUUAAGACAAUGGCUGGUGUCGUCUUAGAUGUUUUUCACAGAGAGUUUUAUACAAUUUUUUUUUAAUACAUCCUGUUUUAUUACAGAACUUUGCUUAGGGUUGAAGAUUUAUUGUUAUUCACACAGUAAUUAUAUUUAAAACAUUUUGUAUCCGUAAAUUCAACAGCCAUCUAACGUUUUGCUUAUCCAAAACAGAUAAAUUGAUUUGAAAUUUUUACUUUUUCUUUAAAUUCUAAACUAACAGUUGUUUUGUUAAAACACAAGACUGAUUUUAAUAUUGAAUGUGUCAUAUAUUAGGUAUUUCAAUUCCUGUUAUAUACGCACAUAAAAAACGAUUUCCGUGCUAUUUACAGAUACGUUGACAAUUAGCGAUAUGACUGCCUCUUCUAGGCUUACUGACCAAGCAAGUGAUUAGUGAGGUAGCAACAAAAGUUAAUGAGUGUAGUUGUUCUGAUUUGAAAAUGCAAUAGCCUUAUUCCCAACUUAUUCAUGAAACAUUGUUGCUAAUUGUACUUUAUUGAGUUACUUACUGCAGUCCUGUACUAAAUAUAUUAUUUGAAUGUCAACCGACAUCAGAGUCAUAUUUUAGAUAGAUAAAUAGAUAGUUCUAGAUAAAUAUUGAUAUUUUAUUAAUGUGUGGUUAUGUUCGCCAUGCCUAUGAAGUAUUAAUUUUGUUGUGUAUUUUAUUGGAGCGGCCAUCUUGGAUGAUUCGUUUUCGUUGGCGCACGUAAGGCUGUGUCUACACUAGAUAUGCGAAGCGAUAAUGUGCUGUAUAAGGAAUAAUAUAAUUGCUUUAUUUACCGAAGUCUAAGUUAGAUUAGGUAUAUGAAGUAAUUCUAUUGGUUUUCAUGGAACAUAUUCUACGCUAUGUAUACCUGUGGAAACGCAGCCUAUAGGAAUUAUUCAUUGUUUGAGCUAGUUCACUGAUGUUUUGUUAUAAAUAAUGUUAUAAUACUUAAUUGAAUUAUUUGUUUUGUGGCAUCCAUUUAUUUCUUUUAUCUAUGAGAAGUAAUGUGUAUGUCAAAUAAUGAGAAAUAUUUUUGCAAUAUAAUUAAAAGAUAGAAAGUAACGGUUCUUCCUGUUAUAUUUCUAAUUGGUAAAAAAUAAUCUCUUUCAUUCAUAUUUUAUGUAUUAAUGUGUAUACGUUAUAUUUUUCUGUUUUCCUUACUUGUUGUUUCUUUAUCUUUUAUAUAUUUAUUUUAUUUCUUUGUUUAUUUUUUUUAAUGACUACUUGAAGUGCGUCAGUGGACAGUGAGAAUGGCUAAGACUGAAUAUCAAUUCGACACGUGUUUAUGAGAUUUAUUUCAACAUGUACAUUUUAUUUAUUUGUUUUUAUACUUAUUUGCCGCAUUGUAAAUAUUUAUAAUGUUAUUCUGGAUAAAUUCUAUUUUACUCAGAUUUAUUUAAUUGUUUUCUACUCAGUACCGGUUUUUUUUCUCUGUCGUCUAAAAUGUGUGUGGACCUCUUUACAGCCUCCCUUCCUACGCUGUUGAGUCCACACAUGUUUCCACCGCCUCGUCUAUUAAACUAUGAUGUAUUUACCGUCACAAAAUACUAAAGUGACUGAAGAAACAAUAAAAUACCUCUUGCAUACAGUUUUACAUGGAAUUGGUGUAAAUAACGAAACGAUGAUACAUAACUUUAUUUACGUUAGUUGUGUGUUAAAAGUAUUCUACUUUGUACAUGAAAGUGUAUUUUAUUUCUUGUUCUUUACCCAUUAUAACGUUAGUCCUAAGUUGUGUAAAAAUAAUCAGUUACUAUAAGCCGUGUGAUGUAAUAUUUUAGUAGAUAUUGAUUUUGUAUAUGCUGUAUGACAUGUUGUCCGACAAAAAUGUGUUUGUUCGCUGUUAGACCAAAACGACUCGUGUUGGAGUCAUCAAUUAUUUUGUGGACAGAGCCUGGUAUUAAAAUUUUACAUUGUA